AUGCGCCGUUCUGGGGCGCCGGCUAGUUUCCAUGGACUGAUGAGGCCGAAUAUCCCGCCGGCUCAGAGCACUCUUAUCCCUCGUCAUGUUCCUCGACCUGGGCCACUUUCCUUGCCCACCCCGGCCAGCUUCAAUUUCGCACCUACGCAGUCGUCCACGAUCAAAAGCCAAGUUCUCUCCCCUGCCAGCUCUUCAAACUCUUCAUUCUCAAGCGCGCCGUCCUCAAUCGACAGCUUCCAGCUUCCCGCAGAGGUCAGACAAAGCCUGAACCGUUCUGCCCCUGCGACCUCUGACAGCAGACCAUCUCCGCCGAAGGCCGCAGACCCUGCUGUUGGGCCGCAAAAGUUCAUUCCUCGGUUCGGACCUGCUCACAGACUGCCUCCAGAGUCGGAUCAUGAGGAGGGUGACAUGUCUGAGGCCAAUACUGAGGCUGUCAUACACAUUGCGCACCAACCCCAGACAUUUGACGACCGACUCGCUCAAGCUCAGGAGCAGUCCCAGGUCUGGGGUUAUAUCAAGGACAAACUCGAAUUCGCCAACUUCACCUGCAAGAGCGAGCGCGAGGAGGGGGCAUUUUUGGAGAUACUACGCCUCCCCAAGCAGAAUGAGCUUGACGACGAGCCCAUGAGAGGGACUGACAGACACAAACGCCGAUACUGUGUUAUUAUAGGCUCUAUCUUGCAAGUAGUUGGUGUCAAGGGGCACUGUGACGCCUGUAAACCGCACUGUCGGAUAUACUGGCAGCACAGGCAAAAGACCUGCAUCGGCCUCCCCCCAAGCGCGACCGGCCCGCAGUACCGGAACCUCAUUGACUUCGUUGCAGGCCGGUGCAGCAACUGCAUCCGCUCUACCUACUUGCCACCGUCGUGCCAUUUCGCCGCGGGCGAGGCCCCCGCUGAUGCGGAAGAAGAGGAGGAGGACCACGGUGUGACUGCCGACCACCACAGCAGCCCUGGCGAUGCGGAAGACGCGGAAGUCUCCGUUGCAGGUGCAGACCCUGCCCCCGGGGACGCAUUCUCACAGAAUCGAGCCCCUGCUCAAGGUGACAGAGAGCCAACCCAAGACCGUCCCUCCCAGACUCCAGCCCCGGGUGAGGAGAAGGACCGGCCACCCUCCGCCGGCUCAAAGCCUCAAGCCCAGGCCUCAAGGGCACCAGAUGCAGAAACUAUUAUCCGUGAUGCCAUCGUCGUCGGCUUUCGCGCAAGCACGCAGCUCCGGGCGGAAGAGCAGGAGAGCUUUCACGACUGGAUGGCCGCGCUGUUCUCGCUCUCGUCCUCUUCGCCAGACCUGGAGGGCCAGGCCCUGGAGGCCCUCAUGCGCCUCCGCCAGCUUUCCCCCGGCGCCCAGGUCGACAUUCGGCGGCGGAUUCUCCAGAUGCUCCCGGGAGCUAUGGGCCGGCCUGCAUGA